ACCCGUCGUGGGUUCAUCCUCCCGGCCCGGGCUGCCUCUUUGCCUCAGUCCCUGCGGGCUGUGCCCGCAGAGCUCGGACCCCGCGAGUUGCGGGGCGCGCGUCGCUGCUGCUGGUUGGGGCUCUAGGGAUAAUAAAUGAUAGAGGAUACAAUGACUUUGCUGUCUCUGCUGGGUCGCAUCAUGCGCUACUUCUUGCUGAGACCCGAGACACUUUUUCUGCUGUGCAUCAGCUUGGCUCUGUGGAGUUACUUCUUCCACACAGACGAAGUGAAGACCAUCGUCAAGUCCAGCCGGGACGCGGUGAAGAUGGUGAAGGGCAAGGUGGCCGAGAUUAUGCAGAACGAUCGCCUUGGAGGACUUGAUGUGCUAGAGGCCGAGUUUUCCAAGACCUGGGAGUUCAAGAGCCAUAAUGUGGCAGUGUACUCCAUCCAGGGCCGGAGAGACCAUAUGGAAGAUCGCUUCGAAGUUCUCACCGAUUUGGCCAACAAGACGCACCCAUCCAUCUUCGGGAUCUUCGAUGGGCACGGCGGCGAGACUGCAGCCGAAUACGUAAAAUCAAGGCUCCCAGAGGCGCUGAAGCAGCAUCUUCAGGAUUAUGAGAAAGACAAAGAAAACAGUGUUCUGUCUUACCAAAGCAUUCUGGAGCAGCAGAUCCUGUCCAUAGACCGAGAAAUGCUGGAAAAGUUGACGGUAUCCUAUGAUGAAGCAGGCACAACGUGUUUGAUUGCUCUACUGUCGGAUAAAGACCUCACCGUGGCCAACGUUGGUGAUUCUCGAGGAGUCUUGUGCGACAAGGACGGGAACGCCAUUCCCUUGUCACAUGACCACAAGCCUUACCAGCUGAAGGAGAGGAAGAGGAUAAAGAGAGCUGGUGGAUUCAUCAGUUUCAACGGCUCCUGGAGGGUCCAGGGAAUCCUAGCCAUGUCUCGAUCCCUGGGAGAUUAUCCGCUGAAAAAUCUCAAUGUGGUCAUCCCAGACCCAGAUAUCCUGACCUUCGACCUGGACAAGCUGCAGCCCGAGUUCAUGAUCUUGGCAUCAGACGGUCUGUGGGAUGCUUUCAGCAAUGAGGAGGCAGUCCGAUUCAUCAAGGAGCGCUUGGAUGAACCGCACUUCGGGGCCAAGAGCAUCGUCCUGCAGUCCUUCUACAGGGGCUGCCCCGACAACAUCACAGUCAUGGUGGUGAAGUUCAGGAAUAGUAGCAAAACGGAAGAGCAGUGAGCCCCACAGGCUCUCAGCUGCCCUAGACCAGAGGACUCUCAACAUACUGUUCUCUUAAUGUAGGAAAAGGUGUGGGAUUUAUAAUUAGGAUCAUGUGUCCCAACAAAGAGCCCCUUCCCUGGAGACCUCGAAUCCCUACCAGGUGGUGAGCAGGGAGUUCCCUGGCUGACACUGCGGAGGGGCUGGAAAGAGUCUGUGUCCCCCCCAGCCCUUCUCACCGGUGUUUGAAAUGCUUCUUAGGUAGCCAUCGACCCCCAGAUAUGAGGCAAAAGGAAGAUAGGCCAUGUAUUCCCUUUAAUGUGCUUUUCAUGAUCUUUUCUGUGGUCCUUCAGCUUCCUUGGUGUCCUCUCGGCACCCAUGGGCAGGGCACGCCUGUAGCUGCAGGCACCAUGCCAGGGCAUCUCCUGACGGUGUGGUGGUGGUGCCCUCCGCCUAGCAGAAACACUUUCCCCUUCUGAGCUUGUGAUUUCAGUACUCCAGCAGCCUGUGGAGGAGACUCACAACACUUUAUUUGUUGCCUGCUCUUGGAGACUGAGGGACACAGAGAGGAUGGGGAGUCAGUGGCAGCUUCCUGCACCCCAGACAGCACCCAUUCCCCACCCCUUCCUUCAUUAGUGUAGGAGACUCCGGAUACAGUUAACCAGCCCUGUGCCUCACCCACGGAGCACAGCUUUCCCAUUUGCCCACACCUCACAGUGCAUCAAGGACAGCCGCUGACUUCACCAAGAACCCACAGAAAGGAAUGAAACAGGGUGACCGUCCAUCCCCAGUGAGGAAUAAGGCUGGGAUCAGUCUCAGUGCCCCCUGUGGAGAUGCACUGUCCACAUUGGAGAGGCAGGCACGAGCCCUGGGAACCUCCACUCCACCUUGGAGAGGCAGGCACGAGCCCUGGGAAUCUCCACUCCACCCUCACCAGCUCCUGCUUUUCCGCACAGCCUUCCCGAGCCCAUCCUGGUGGCUUUCGUGGCUUUCCAACAGUGUUGGGAGAAACAGCAGCCUAGAAUCGCCCAAGUGCUGUUCCCAGCCACCCCAAAUUGGUAUUUGGCGGCAAACCACUGAGACAUGCUUUUGGGCAAGAGAAAGGCCUUUCAUCUUUCGCUGCAAAUCUCUGUCCAUACCCAGUAGCGUUCCCCAGGCAAACACCAACGGACUGCGGUAGCCUGGAGGGAAAAUAGCAGACUGGCUUCUGGAGGCCCUGUGUGCGCUGGCAGCAGAGCUGGCUGGAAUGCAAGCAAGAGCCCCAAGAGAUGUGCAGCACGGUUAUCAGGGGCCUGGAUUGCUGCUCUGCCCUUCCUAACACCAAAGCUGUGGGGGGUUCCCCGGUCUCUGUGCUUUAUAAGUUUGACAGAACACAGUAGGCUGUCCUCUUGACUGAAUGAACCAGCCCCAAACAACCACGAUUUUCACUGUAGACCCACGCCCGGAGCCCGCCUGGUUUUCUUUCUCAGGGUGGGUGUUGUCAGCAUGGCCUCUCAAGGCCCACCCAUUAGCCAUCCCUGCCCCACUGCCCAGCCCUGCCCUUCAGCUGCAGAGCUUGCCCAAAGCCCAGAGGACAAAGGAUACCUUGGACUCCGGGACUGCAGACUGUCUCGACUCCUCCAGGAACUUGCUUUUCUUUGACUGUAUUGAGAAUUAAUUAUGGUUUCCCAGGGAAUUUGCUUACUUUUGUAUCCUGUGUUUUCAACAUUGGAAUUAGGGUCUUAGUUACUGCUUUUCAGAAUGUUUUAGUGCAAAGUACAUUCUCUCAUGUUCCAUGAGUGCACUGGCCUGUGGCGACACGGACACAUGGAUGUAUAUUCUGGGCAAUGGUAAAAGAGGAAACGGAUGUAGGUUCAAUCGGUGAUGGAGAUACGCUUCUUGAUUUAGGAUGCUCUAGAGUCCCCACAACGCUUCUUCUAAAACUCCAGAUUUGACAGUCCAUUGGGCAACUUCUUUUGAUUUUGUAUUUGCUUAACACAAAAGUGUAUAAAACAAGAGGAAAAAUAAUUUGAGAAACAUUUAUUGUAAAGAAAAAACGGAAUAAUGAAAUAAUGUUUUGGUGAAGAAGAAAAAGGGGAAGAUACCAAAUUAGCCCACUGGUAUUCCUUGAGCACACAGGCGGUGCUGCCUGCACUAGUUACAAAACCUUCUACUUGAGGCUAUGGACAGCUUGUGAAUUUUGCUCUGAAGACGUAACUUAUUUCUAACUGCAACCAAAUAGAGUAUAUAUAUGAUAUGUAUAUAUCAUAUAUAUAAAUAUAAAUUUCAUAUUCCUUUCUUGCCUCUUCCCCUCCCCCAUGGCUUGUAGACUUUUUUAAAGAUAGAAAUGCUAAGCAGGAUAGUAGCGGUUUGAUGAAUAGUUACAUAUAAACCAGAGUACCCUUGCCCUUCCCCGUGUCCUCCUGGAAUGCUCCUUCUGACCUGGGUCCAGCUGUGGGGAGUCUGCAGUUGGUUGUGACUGGGCACACUGGCCACCCCCAGUCCUCCAGCGGCUCUGGCAGGGUGGAUCUAGCUGCAGGAGAAAUGGAUCUGAGGGAGAACUUGUGAGGCUUCCAUCAACAGCACUGCCAAAGCUUGGGGAUCAUCCCCUAAGGCUGCCUGGACUCCCUGCCCAGCCUGAGUUCGAAUUGCCAAUCGUCCCCACGGUGCCAAAUCUCAGGAGGGUUUUACAGUGUUUCAGAAAUACAGCUGAUGCAGGUCCCAGGCCCCGCUAACCACUCCGCUGCUGCUUUCCUGGCAAUUUGUGCUCUUCAGGUGGGAGAGGGGGAGGGAGGGAGGGCAGGGAAAGUGUUUUUAACGAUUCACUGCAUUUGCAGUUACCUAAUCAUAUAAAUAAACUAUACUAACCUAGAACAACCCAAAGCUCGUCCCCAGGAUCUGUAUUUUUUUAUAAUGUGACCAACUUGCCCCAGCCAAUCUGGAUCACUGACAUACCACGUGACUGUAUGUGCUCACUCCCAGUGGCCAGUGUUAACUUCUGUUCCUUGCUGUGACCCGGAGGGACUGGCCUCUUGAAUCUGGUAUGUGUCAAGAACGUUGCCAAGAGAAGGUUCCAGCAUAGAGCAUCUGCAAGCUAGGUAUCUCAGGCCUGCUUUGUGGCACACAAGUGUAGCGAUUUGGACAUUCUGCACGGGGGUGCUGGUGUUGCUGCUCUGACCCUCUCUGAAGUGGCUCCAGGGAGCCGGCUCCACUGUUGCCUAGAGAACCUGGAAAUGCACAAAGGACUCACCAAAGGUGUGACCUCUCUUUCCUUUGCCAGGUCCACUUUGUCUCUCCUGUGUUUUUAUUGUUUCUCUUCAUCAUCUUCUUGACUUCAGAAAUGCUUUUCCCUCCUUUGGCCCACUGUUACAUAAUCUUCCCAGAGUCGUCACCCAGAACUGCCUGGGUCUGUCACAGCAGCAUCCCCUUUAGCUCUGAAAAAGACGCCGGUCCCAUGCUUCCGCCCACCCCCAUGGAGGCCGCAAAGUGUAAAAUGUGAGCGGCUUCUGGCUAAAUCAUUUUUAUGGAGGCCUUUGGGCUAGCUGGAUGCACCUUGUAGGAACAGAGGAGCCUAAUGGCCCUCAGUACAGGAGAACACAUAUUCUAGAAAUGUUUUUCCAAAUACAUGGUUUCAUUGUCACGGGAGUCAGGGAACUAUACUUCACAGUCUAAAAUAAACUCAUGACUAAGCUAAAUGCCAUACAGGAGAGGAGAAAAUUCAUACAAAGCCCUAAUACAGUGUCUGUGAGCUUCUUGUUUUCCCAAUUAACUCGAUCCCAGAAAACGCUAGCCCUCCUGACAUUUCAACGGGCUCCUAACCACCACUUUGGGAUGAGUGACGGUACAGUGUGUAAGCCACAGCAGAGUCUUCCACCUGCGAGCCUGGCUAAGGACAGAAGCAGGACUGGCCUGCUGGGGUCUAAUAUGACGACAAGAGUCUCCCAUUGACAGCAGAAGCCCAGCAGUCAUACCUGAAACUAUAGAUGCGACCUCCCCACUGCGAGUAGGAAGCCAGGGCUUUGCCUGGUGGGGCAGUUCUCAGCUGUGCUACCACGGCCUUCGGUUGUUCCUCUGUAGCUGUCUUUGCUUUCCAGAUUAAACCAAAAUAUUUUUCUCUCAUCGUUGAUAGUAUAUACAUAUACACACACAUAUAUGUAUAUACAUACACAUACAUAUAACAGGACAAGUACAUACUUGAUUUUAAUCAUUUUUGAUACUUUAACUGUUUUUAAAUAUAUAAUAGAAAUGUCCGCUGUUAAUUGUAGCACAUAUUACUAUCUUCCCCCUGUUCACUACAGAUUCCGUGAAAUAAUUUGCAAUUCAGAGCUCAUGCAUCCUGAAAUUCAUAUCCUGUCUUUCACCUCUCUCUCUCUCUCUCUCUCUCUCUCUCUCUCUCUCUCUCUCUCUCUCUCUCUCACACACACACACACACACACACACACACACACACAACACGCCCCUGUCAAGUCUGGCAGCUUUUAAGCCUUGGCCAUAUUUCCCUAGCCGUUAUCCUCAGCCUGGUCAAUUUGCUUCGGAAGCUGUGGCAGGUAACCCCAAAACCAUGGGUGAAACAGAAACGGUAAAUCUGGGGUAAAGUCACUAACUUAAAAUUGCAUCCAACAUUUUGGGGGAUAUACCACCUAUACAAUAUAAAAUAGUAAAACCCAAAACUAAAAAUAGCAUCCCUUAGGCUAGGUUGCAGAUUGCAAAGGGCAAGGGCCAGUUGGUAUAGUGAGGUCCAUAGGUACGUCUCGAAGUGUUCCCUAAUACAGAAGCUUUGGCAGAUUCUUAGUAACACUGGGGCUUUGUCCAUUAUCUGUUUGAUCUACCACUGCUAAGCUACAUGUUAAGCCAGGUGUUGUAAUCAUUUCAUGCAUCUGGUAAUAACUACACGGUAGAAUCUGAGUUAAUGUCAGUGAGAAGAGCAUGUGCUAUUCAUUUGGACCAGUCAUCAGGGGCAUUUCUGCUGCUCAGAAUUACACCAGGAACCAGCAUGAAGCAGAGCAGCAGACCACAUUUAGGGCGAUAUUCCCAUUUGUUCCCCAAGUCUUAAUAUUGUCUAACCAUAAAAUCCUUACACAUUUGCCACACUGAAAUGAAUUCUGAAAGCCUCCAAAGACCGGCAACCAGCACAAGCAGAAUAUUUAAUGGCUCUGGUAGCAGCUUGGGGCUAGCAGGUUUUGAGGAGGGGCAAGAAAAUCUACCAGUUCUUCUCAGUGCCUCAGCCCACGAGGAACUUUAUCAGUCACACGUUCUCACAACACUCCAGACAAUCCAGAUGUUGAAUGGGAGAGCAUGCAUCCUUCGGACAAUUUAAUUAGCUCAUUCGUAAUUUAAAGUGUGUUCAUGAAGAAGCAAAGGGAGAAGCCGUGGUCCAGGGAAGGAGCGGUGGGGCGUGGGAGAAGUGAGGACAGGGGGGAAGGAAUGAGAACUGUGCCGUGUGCUUUUUCUAUUUCUGAUCUCAAGAGACUAUAAACUGUAAUGAUCUCUUGCCCCAAAAGACAACUGACUAUGUAGAUGGCGAA